UCUAAGUUUGCAGAGCUUCAGAGAUAAGCCCUUAUGCUCACUUUUAUGAUCAUAUUGCUCUUGUCUGUCUGUAUGUCUUGUAUGACAGUAUGAGCUGUUUUAUCUCAGACUUAAUAUUAAACUACCUUAGCUGCUUGCUAUAUAAGUGUACCCAUUCAGUCAGUGAAGACCACAGACAGACUACGCUGUCUCACUGUUGCUGGAGAUUGUUUGAUUUAACUCAGGUUUCUCCUCUGACUGAACAUGGCGGUAAUAGCAAUUUGGGCAGCAGUGCUAAUCUCUUAUGGAGUCUCUACAGGAAUUGCAGAGGAUUAUCCUUUGGACAAAGCUCCACUCUCUGUUGAUGACAUGUACAAUGGCUGCAAAGAAGAAAUGAAGAAGAAGGUGGAAACAGAAUACCUUGAGAAUGAGAAAAAUAAAGACAACCAAUUCAAACAGGUCUGGGAAGAGGCAGAGAAAACCUACAAUGGCAAGUUUAAGAAAACCAACCCCAGACUAGGAAAAGAGCGGAUUAUGGCUAUUUAUAUUUAUAGCUUUGGCACAGGAGAUUUUUAUAAGGAUAUCAAUAAUGCAGUUCGAUCCCAGCGAUCUGAGUACGGAAAGGCAUUCAAGUAUCAUGCACUUCACUUUUUCCUGACCGAUGCCAUUCAAAUCCAGAAAAAACGUGACAAUAAUGAAUGUCUCACAGUUUAUCGUGGAGUCGAUGUAAAAUUUGACCAAAAUGUUCUUAACAAGGAGAUUCGCUUUGGUUCUUUUGCUUCAGCUACACUGGCUGGGUACAAAGUUGCUAAAAAAUUUGGAGACAAGUCAUGCUUUGAAAUUGUCACAUGCUUUGGGGCAGACAUCUCGCUGUACUCUAAAUUUGGAGAGGCAGAAGCUGAAGUGUUGAUUCCUCCUUAUGAGCUCUUUAAAGUCACAGACAUUAAGAAAAAAUCAGACGAGAAGAGUCUUGAAUGUGAGGUGGUCUACAAAGUGGAAAGCACAAGAGAGACUCUGUCCAAUCUGAACUGUGCUCUUUUUCCAAAAUAAGAAUUUUGACAUGUUGAACAUGCAGUUAGCAAAACAUGGAAAUUAGGCACCAUAUUAUAUUGUACAAAUUAUUUGUAAUCAACAUUCAUUUGAAUAUGAUUUCUUCUUACAAACUCCACCAUUAACAUCUGAAUAACUUGGCUCACUAAAACAAAUUUGAGUGACUGAUGAAGCAUCUGUGAAACAUGUUGCUCCUUCUUUUAAUUGUAAAAACUGUACAAGUGUUGAAUUAAACUCUCUGUGCAUGUUU